GGAACCUCCCAUCUUUCUAAAGUAGCAUGGCCGACGUUUUGUUGUAAAUUGUUAAAGUAUCACUUGGUGUAGAAUUCAGUUACAAACAUUUAAACCAUGUCAGCGCUACUUCUUUUAAGAAACGUGCAUCGUGGCAUUGCACUGCCAUGUAGUGUCGUUCGGCCAGUUUUAGGUUGUUUUUAUCACACGUAUAAAGGUGUUUACGGGUACCAACCCAAACAGACUGAGGGGGACUCGAAGUUCAACAGUGACAAUACCUCUGCACUCAAUCAAGAUCAUGGUCUAGCCCGACUUGUGGAAGCAUAUCGAGCGCAUGGACACAAGGCUGCUAAAAUAAACCCCCUAUCGCCUCAGGACCCAGUGGUAAACAAUGUACCAGAGAUCAACAUUCUGUCUGAAUCCCUAAAUGGACAGCUCAACACAUCUGGACUACGGAAUUUUGGGAAAGCUGAGGCUCCAGUGGCAGAGGUAGUGGCGUACUUAGAGAAUGCCUACUGUGGGCACAUCUCUGUGGAGACCAGCCAGCUGACCAGCCUGGAGGAAAGGGAGUGGUUGGCUGAUCGCUUUGAGGAACUGAAAAAGGCAACUUUCACCCCCGAGGAAAGGAGACAUGUGGCCAGACUCCUGCUUGAGUCCCAGGAGUUUGAUCACUUCCUGGCUACCAAGUUCGCCACUGUGAAAAGGUAUGGUGGAGAGGGAGCAGAAAGCAUGAUGGCCUUUUUCUAUGAGGUUUUACGUCUGUCUGCCUCCAGUGGGGUGUCGGACAUCGUCAUGGGCAUGCCCCACAGAGGCAGACUGAAUCUACUCAUGGGUCUCCUGCAGUUUCCACCAGAGCUCAUGUUUAGGAAGAUGCGUGGUUUAAGCGAGUUCCCCGAGAACUCUCCCUCCAUUGGAGAUGUCCUGUCUCACCUUACAUCAUCGGUGGAGCUGAACUUUGGAGCGGGUCACCCUCUCCAUGUGACCAUGUUGCCAAACCCCUCCCACCUGGAGGCCAUCAACCCUGUCACCCAGGGCAAGGCCCGUGCGAGGGAGCAGCUUAAACAAGAGGGAGACUAUUCCCCCCAUGAAAACGCACAGCCAGGGGAUAAAGUUGUCUGUCUUCAGGUUCAUGGAGAUGCCUCAUUCUCAGGACAAGGAAUUGUCCCAGAAACAUUUACUAUCUCCAACCUCCCACACUACAGAGUGGGAGGGAGCAUCCACCUGAUUGUGAACAACCAAGUUGGCUAUACCACUCCAUCGGAGAGAGGGAGAUCAUCUCUAUACUGCAGUGACGUCGGUAAGAUGGUGGGCUGUGCUGUGAUCCAUGUCAACGGGGACAAUGCAGAGGAUGUUAUGCGGGCCACGCGUCUGACGGUGGAGUACCAGCGGCGCUUUAGGAAGGAUGUGAUCCUGGACUUGCUCUGCUACCGCCAGUGGGGCCACAAUGAGCUGGACGAGCCCUCCUUUACCAACCCUGCCAUGUACAAGGUCAUCCGCUCCAGAAAAAGCACACCAGACUCUUACACAGACCAGCUCAUCUCAGAGGGCGUGAUGACAGAGGAAGAGCGCGGCGAGAUCAAGUCCACCCACUACUCCAUGCUCAACGACAAGCUGGCCAACAUGACCCUGUACAGCCCUCCCCCCACCAACCUGCAGGGCCGCUGGGGGGGCCUGGUGGAGCCAGGGGCCAAGGUCACAACCUGGGACACGGGUGUGCCUGCUUCCCUGCUGCAGUACGUGGGGGCCAAGUCUGUUGACAUCCCCCAGGAAAUCCAGCUCCAUAGCCACCUGGGGAAGAUGCAUGUAAAGGGUCGUCUGCAGAAACUUGGGGAGGGAACCAAGCUGGACUGGUCGACAGCAGAGGCAAUGGCAUUUGGCUCUCUACUCUGCCAAGGGUUUAAUAUUCGCAUCAGUGGACAGGAUGUUGGCCGAGGCACGUUUAGUCAGAGACAUGCCAUGGUGGUUUGUCAGGACACCAACGACAUGUACAUCCCCCUCAACCACAUGGAUCCUCAGCAAAGAAGCUUCCUGGAGGUGUGUAACAGCGCCCUGUCUGAGGAGGCUGUAUUGGGGUUUGAGUACGGCAUGAGCAUUGCCCAGCCCAAGCUCCUGCCCAUCUGGGAGGCUCAGUUUGGAGACUUCUUCAACGGCGCUCAGAUCAUCUUUGACACUUUCAUCUCUGGAGGUGAGGCUAAAUGGCUGCUCCAGAGUGGCAUAGUGAUCCUGCUGCCCCACGGCUACGACGGAGCAGGACCCGAACACUCCUCGUGUCGUAUGGAGCGCUUCCUACAGAUGUGUGACAGUAAAGAGGAAGGGGUGGAUGGAGACAACGUCAACAUGGGCAUGGUCAACCCCACCACCCCAGCACAGUACUUCCACCUACUCCGACGACAGAUGAUUCGCAACUUCCGCAAGCCCCUCAUUGUGGCUGGGCCAAAAACUCUGCUGAGAUUCUCUGGGGCAGUAUCCACUCUGGCUGAAAUGGGUCCAGGAACAGCAUUCAAACCGGUUUUGGGUGACCACUCUGUCGUAUCAGAGAGUGUCCAGCGGGUGGUGCUGUGUUCUGGCAAGCACUACUAUGCCCUGCUGAAGCAGAGAGAGACAUCUGCAGCCAGCCAGAAUACAGCACUGGUCCGUGUUGAGGAACUAUGCCCGUUCCCUCUGGAGACUUUGCAACAAGAGCUCUCUAAGUACAAAAAUGCCAAAGAGUUUGUCUGGAGCCAAGAGGAGCCCCAGAACAUGGGCGCCUGGUCCUUCAUAUCUCCUAGAUUCGAAAAGCAGCUGGCUUGCAAGCUCCGAUUGGUAAGUCGGCCGGCACUACCCGCACCGGCCGUGGGUAUUGGAACGCUUCAUCACCAGCAGCAGGAGGCCAUCCUCACUGCUACCUUCUCCUGAGACUCUGGAACACCUGGCCACAAAAUGGCCGCACCUGCACCAUCCCACACAUCUACUGUAAAUCGCAUUACAUUUCUCAAUGUUCUAAUAGCACAAAGUGCUAAAGAGACUGCUUUACAAAGAAAUGAGGGGGCACAUGGACUGCUAUGAGACUGUUGGAAUGUAAGGACUUGUAGCACAGAUGAAUUGAGGUUGUAUGUACACACAUGAUGUUGAUAACGGAUAUUUAAAACUUUCUAAACUGUCAUUUGUUAUUUGUUUUCUGUUCUUAGUUACAGUUCUGUUAAUUGUUGCAGUUGGUCUAUAUUUUUCAAAUGUAAAGUCUAAAUUCUAAUCUUGUCUCUAGGUUCUGUCUUCUCUUCAUAGCUCCUAUCACGUAGUACGAUGGCAUCUGGUAUUCAGUAAAAACAGAGCAGUAUUUCAAUCACGUGCUCACAAAUGACUAACAUGGUUCAGAAUGAAUCUUGAGAGCUUACAAAUUAAGUUUACACUGGAAUUAUUACAUAAAUUAAUUGAUUAUAUCACAAAAGAACAAAGUUUGGCACAGGCUGUGCUUUGUUAUCCGUCAUGUUGACUUUGAAUUGAGCUUCAGAUUCAUAGGCCCAACCUAUAUUAUUUUAGUGUGCAAAAUAAAAGGUAAAAAGAAAAA